CGCCCCUCGCCUAGUGCGGAGGCCCCGCCACCGGAAGACGCGCCGCUCGCGCCAUGUCGAAGAAAAAAGGACUGAGUGCAGAGGAAAAGAGAGCCCGCAUGAUGGAAAUAUUUUUUGAGACGAAAGAUGUGUUUCAAUUAAAAGACAUGGAGAAGAUUGCUCCCAAAGAGAAAGGCAUUACUGCUAUGUCAGUAAAAGAAGUCCUUCAAAGCUUAGUUGAUGAUGGUGUGGUUGACUGUGAGAGGAUUGGAACUUCUAAUUAUUAUUGGGCUUUUCCAAGUAAAGCUCUUCAUGCGAGGAAACGUAAGUUGGAGGUUCUGGAAUCUCAGUUAUCUGAGGGAAACCAAAAGCACUCAAACCUACAGAAAAGCAUCGAGAAAGCUAAAAUUGGCCGAAAUGAAACGGAAGAGAGAACCAUGCUAGCAAGAGAGCUUUCUUCACUUCGAGAUCAAAGGGAACAGCUAAAGGCAGAAGUAGAAGAAUACAAAGAAUGUGACCCACAAGUUGUGGAAGAAAUACGUCAAGCAAAUAAAGUAGCCAAAGAAGCUGCUAACAGAUGGACAGGAACUGCUUACUGCAAAAGCUAUAGCCUUACUGUGGUGCCUCAUUUUCUUCACUUCUGAUCCACAUUUGAAGUCCAUUCCUCAAGCUUCCUACAGUGUUGCAUAUGUUCUCUCAUUUCCUGGAAGUCUUUCUGUACUCUUGGAGCCUAUUCUGGAAGAUGUACACAUAGUACUUCAUCUUUUCUCUCUAACAUACAUAUUACUUUGGAAUUGUUUAGUAAUAAAUUGAUUUUUCUCUCACUACUCUUGUGUCAGCUUGAAGGCAGAGGGUCUUUAUGUUCUGGAAUACCUUUAAUACAUUUAAUACCUGUCUUAUUUAGCAGUGGGCCCUCUAUCCUCUAUAAGUAUUUGGCUGUGAUUGACAAGAAUGUAUGGGUUGUACAGAUACUAGUAAAAUUAAACAGAUCAUUCUGGAGUACCUCAUGCUAUUAGUAUUCUCUUCUAUGUUCUUAUGAAAAGUAAAGAUUUGUUUUAGAUUGUUACGAAAAGGAAAGACACAUUGUUCUGUUUGGUGUAGUAGUAUUCACCUUAGAAAUGAACUUCAUU